AUGAAGAAAAUUGUACCCGAUAAAGUGGCUUGUAAAAAACGUACCUUGAGAGAGGCUGAGAUUGGGGGGAGAGUGAGCCCGCGCCGGAGUGGUGGCUCGCCGGCGGCGGAAUUGCGAUGGCGGGAGGAGGACGGAGGAGGAGGUGAGGGUGCUCAUCGGAGUUGGUACGUUGGCAGUACCAAAGCUGCUCGCUGGGUUUUACGAGCUAAGAUUAUAGAGUUUAUUCUCAAGUUUGAAGCACACCAACAAGGUUCAAAUAUUCCCGUGUUAAAUGUACAUUUCGUUUUGAUUGUCAAUGUCAGCCCACAAGUCCUAAGUUAA